AGUUCGCUGUAAAAGUGUCAUAAUUCAAAGCACAACACAGGAAGCAUGUACGCAAUGAUGCACGCUGGUGCCAUGCGGCGUGCAUGCAACAUGGUCGAGCAUUGUCAGUAUCCGAUUUUUGUUCAAGUCAAGCUAUGAUCUCAUGUUAGACAUUGUUCUUUAAGGUAAUCUUCGAAAUUUUUAUCAAUAUUCGUCGCUUUUUGAGUCCAUGCGUAAGCCACCAUAUAUGUGGUAGAAAAUACUUACUGUCAGUAAUGUAACAAGAAAGCUGACGAGCGCGAAAUUACAUAUACGCAUUUCCCCACCAGUCCAUUUUCUACAAUGCACCCAAGUGGACAGUUACGCGCUAUGAGACUGGGAGCUCUUCAAGUAUCCGCCGGAGUCCUGCUUUUCUUCACCGAUACUUUAAAUUUUAUACUCGAGCGCUCCAACCACGGGGAAUGCAUUGCACGGUCCAACACAGUAUUUGGCUCGGGAUUUUGGGCCGGGGGAUUUUUUGUUCUAAGCGGAUUAUGGAGUAUGUGCGGACGCCAUUUUACAGGCGAUCAUCGGCACCUGACUGCGUCGUUAGUGCUCAACGUUUUUGGAUUGGUUCUGGCGCUGAUAAUGACUGCCGUAUAUGUCACUUUGAUAACAACAGAUAACAGCCUAUACUACAUCGGACAGUGCGUGGGCUCAUCAAGUGUACCGGUGUCCAUGGCGCACAUGAUUUUAUUCUGCGUCAUCACUGUCAUCAAUCUGUCCCAGGUGGUGUCGUUAAGCGUUACCUUCAUCCAUUCAAGGUCGUCAGUAUCCAAUGCCCAGAAUGCGUCACUCGUUAGCAAGACAGCGGCGCAUAAUCCUGUUUUAACAUUGACCUUAGGAAUUGUGCAGGCAUCCUUGGGAAUGUUACUUUUUAUCUUCAAUACGGGAGUUUUCGCAUACGAAUUCGGUUAUCUUCACGGUUUGGUGUGCAACGUCACGUAUUACACCAUUUUCGGAUCGGGAUUCUGGGCUGGAGCGUUUUUUAUAGUCAUCGGUGGUGUUGUAAUUUCCCACGCACAGUGUGUCCUGUAUGAACCGGAAGCAAAAAGCCGGUGGUUACCCAUAAUGGUCCUGCUGAAUCUAGUUGGAGCGGUUCUCAGCCUGAUCCUGGCACUCGUCGCCGUUGGCAUGUCCUUUAUUGAAAUUCGGAUAUCGUGUUUCCGGUCCGAAGAAUAUAAAGUGGCAGCGGUCCAUGCCGGAAUCUUCUUUGUGAUAUUUGUGAUUAAUUUUGGUCACUUGGUCUCUGCCAAUGCGACGGUCAGCAGUGCGCCUCGGCCAGCUGAGCCGAUUCGCACCAAUAUAAACACCGUCGCGAUCAUACCACCUCUAGAAGGAAUCGCAACGGCAAUGCAGACGCAUCCGGUGUAAUUUGCUUUUUCCUAAUGAUUUUUUGUACAAUUUUCUCGGCAGUAUAUCUCCUGGUUUUUGCACUAUUAGAAAAUAUGUAUUAUUCUUGGCAAACGGUUUGCUCAAUGAAACAAACAGACGUACAAAGUGUUUGUGAAUCUGUUCGGGUAUUUGCUGACUGGGACAAACGUGCUUGUAUUGUCUGCACAUCUUCGUGAGAGAAUUCAUAAUUGUCCGCCGCCAAAAGUGAUUUUGCAUGGCAGCAUCUAUAAAAGGCUUUUGAAGUUCAUCGCAUUUGGUAGCACUUGCAA